AUGUCCCGCUGGCACUCAUCGUCGUGCUUAGAGCCUGAUGUUUUUCUCGUGAACCAAGUGCCUCACUGUCGUGCCUGUGAGACAAGCGCAUUUAUCGCCCUAUCCGACAUCAACACUUCCAACGCCAAAUCCGAGCUGGAUAUACCGCCCGACGAAGUUGACAGCAAGCUUAACCUCCACUGGCCCUCUAACAUAAAUUGGGAUCACCAGAACGAGCCAUCAAACGAUACACAGACAGAGCUUUCGCCUAAUCGACUACAUUCAAAGAUUGUGGGUCCCAAUGAGGCUGAAUCGGUGUUACCGUCCUCGCCAGUAUACAACAAAUGUCUUGAGCGUAGCGAGAUUCGGUUGAUAUAUCUCGAAGCAGUACUAGACCAGGAUUUACCUAUACACGUUUGUCUUGAAGUGUAUGAACAUGAAUUGUGCCCUGAGUAUGAGACAGUAUCUUACACAUGGGCAUCUGAAGACGGUGACAACAAUCGCGCACAACCGAUAUAUAUUGGACCGUUCUGGGACGUCAUUCUUCAAACGCGAAAUUUCACUGCUCUUCUCCGCUAUUUGCGACCUUCUCGGGGCUUUAGACUUGUGUGGAUCGAUGCCAUUUCCAUCAACCAAAGAGACUUGGUUGAGCGCAAUAAUCAAGUUGCAAGAAUGGGCGAUAUAUAUCGAGCAUGCACGCGGACUAUAGUAUGGCUUGGGCACGACCUAGUGGACCGCAAAGCAACUGCUCGGAAAAAGGUCCCUCUCGAACUUUUUAACCAGGUUUUGAAGUCCAGUCCCGAGGAGUCUGCCUUGGAUAUAGAAAGUGUUCUUAAGCGAAAAUACUUUCAGCGGAUUUGGGUGAUCCAAGAACUUACUCUUGCUCCUUCAUCUGUUUUUCCUAUAGCCGGAGUGGACUUUCUGGGCGCACACCGGACUCCAUCGGGAAUACUUAAAUCAGUAUCUCAAUGGAAAUUUUUCGAGGACACCCCAGCCUCGUGGUUUCAACAUACGCAUCAAAUUUCCUACCCGAUUGAUUGGAGUCUUCUAGAGAUACUAAAGCAAAUGUCUCAUUCGGAAGUUGAAGCGACCGAUCCUCGUGACAAGAUAUUUGGGAUUCUUGGUUUGAUCCCGCACUCGCGGACUCCCUGCAGUCUUCUGAAUCCUGAUUAUUCUCUUUCUAAUAUGGCGACACUCAUUGGCGUUUCCGCUCAUCUUUUGCUGAAUCUCCGUCGACCCCAGUUAUUGCUAGCUAGCGUAGGGUCAAAAGCACGAUCACCAUGGCCCACGUGGGUGCCUGACUGGAGAACCAACUGGCUCAAAGCGCCGAUAAGACAAGAGUUACAUCUUCCUGAUAAGGACUACAGCCCUUUACUGGACUCACAUGCUGCAAAUCGAGCUGAAAUUGGAACUAUUUACGUUUGUGACAUAAGGUUUUAUGUACCAUCUCUUUAUAGUAAAAGUAGUAUCUACCACAGAAGAGCUGCAGUCGGCCUCGAUAAACUUUGGUCAAGCGGAAACUCAGUUCGAAGUUAUGAUGGUGGUUUGA